AUGACUCCGUUACAAUUUCUAAAUGAUGAUGAACGUGAAGAUAACAUGGAGGGCAAUGGAGAUAAUGAGGAAAUCAAUUUAGGUGAUGAUGAGCCUCUUUUCCCUAGUUUCCCUCGAACUAGUUCAUGUAAAAGGAAGAAGUCUAAGGAUAUUUCUAACAAUCGUUCAACGAAGACUACAAGUUCAUAUCUUGAGGAAAAACUAGAAGUUGUGUUGGAUGACCUAUCAACAAAAAGCACACAAUCUUUUCCACUAACCACUCCCACUCCAAUACUAUCAAAUUACAUGAACAUUGUUGUCACUUUUCCAGGUUUCAAUGAAGGUUCAACACAAUAUUUACAAGCAUUACUUGUCUUCGUCAAAAAGCAAAACCGGGAAGCUUUUAUGUUUCCAGCAACUAACGAUGCGAAGAUGGAGUUCCUUAAGUUACUCAAGAAGAAUUGA